CGAGCAUGCACGGGCAGCGCACAUGCGGCGAACAUGAGGUCGCACAUGUACCCUCACACGCGAUGGAGGAGAUCAGCAGCUCAGACAUGUUGAUGGAUGAGACUGCCGAUGUUGUUCCAGAUGCAGACAUCUCAAGGAUGAUCCACGAGUUGUCAUCUGAGGACGAGCAUGAAGUUUCAGCUGCAGCGGAGUUUCUCUUUGAACGAGCUCACACCUCACACAUGAAAUCCUUUCAAAACAAGGAGCAGAUGCGCAUGGAGGGAGCCAUCCCUUCACUUGUCCAAGUGCUCUCCUGUCCCCUGUCGGAGGCGAGGUACAAUGCCUGCAGUGCGUUGAGUGAGCUUGCCUUUCAAAACAAGAGCAACUGUCUGGCGAUCUUGAACACUCCUGGUGCUCUUGAAAGUCUCACAAAUCUCAUGAGCAUGCGUGAGGAAGUUCAUCAGGACGACGCCUGCCUGGUGAUCAACAACUGCGCGGCGUUCUGCUCGGAGUUUUGCCACAGGAUCUCCUUGCAGCCUGGUCUGGUGGAUUGUCUCAAGAAGUUGGCCACUCAUGGAUGCUUCAACUCCAGGAACGUGGCUGUGGGCGCUCUCAACUGCCUUUCUCGCUGUGAGAGGGCAAGAGAAGUCCUGCUCAAGCAACGAAUUGUGGAGGACGCCUUGAUCCCAGUCCUGCAAGAGCAGGGGACAGGGGACAAGUUCGAGGCUCGCCUGUCUCGAGCUGCCAUGGCGCUAGCCAACCUUGUUGGUGACGAUCCCUCGUGCGUGCUUGGGGAGGAGCAGCAUCGCCAAAUCCUUGCCAACACAGUCAGGAUCCUUGGGUUCGCCUCUCAAGGCAAGAGCUGGGCAGGCAUUCACUUUGCUCCCUAUGGCGUGCUCUAUCCCUUCAGGAAGCUCGCAUCCAACCCCUCGAUCCAUACCCACAUUGUGGAGUGCGGUAUGGUAGAAUCCCUUGCCCGCUGCAUCCAGGACCGUCACAAGUUCGAGGAGACAGGUUCGACCUUGGAGCUGGCGUUGAGCGUGACCAAGGGUCUGAUGGAAUAUGCGGAGCAUCACUCGCAGCUGCGGCAGGCGGGGAUGAUCAGGCUGAUGAGGCUGAUCAAGACAGACAUGUGCGUGAAUGAUGAGUGUAAGGAGAUGGCGGGUGAGAUCAUGGAAAAGCUGCUUGAGGGGCAUCUUGCUGUCUGGAUGAGCCAGCACCCGAGGCUCGGAGGUCAAUCCCCCCUCCACCUCCUUGACGAAUUCGUGACGGGUAUCAUCCUUGAUCAUGCUUUCGAGCACCACUAGGGAGCUGAGACAUGUCUGAUUUCUACUCGAUUUAUCUGUUAUUUGACUACCUUAUUAAAGACUUUAACUGC